AUGAACCCAUCUUGUGAACUAAUCUUCAAAAUUGGAGAUGAAGUUAUUGUCAUAAGUAGAGCGAAUGCUGGUGUUUAUGGUGUAGUUGAACAUCAAAUCAAGAUUACAGAGCAGAUCAAUACUAGCAUCGGUUGUUAUUCCAACAAUCUUACUAGAUCACAGACCAUUACAUUUUCAAAGGGCCUAAAAAAAUUCAUUCAAUCAUCACAUUAUGGUGGUAGAAGAGAAGGUAUGGUAGACCCUAGCCAUACCAUUGUACAAGACAAUACUACAAAAUAUACAAAUUAUAGCCCGGUUCCUUCUCACCCUCUAGCACAAUAUCAACCUGGAAUCCUACUGGUAUUCCAUUUCAUAUUAUUAAUAGAUCUAGAACGCCUGCAGUUCAUGGUAUGGCAAUCGGCAGUCAAAACAUCUCAUUUUUCUGCUGCCACACCAGCAGCUUUAGUUUGCUACACUCAUAUGGUAUUGUCUUUUGGACAGGAAUAA